AUGAAUCGAGGGAAUGAGGCUCUUUGUGGGCGUUGUACAGCUCUGAACUUCCAAUCCCUCUUCUCUCGGCUAUGGAUAAGCGGGGAAACCACAUCGUAUGAUAUUGGGAGCAUCCACGAGGUCUUUGAAGAAGAUGCGUGCGGAUUCUGUACGCUUGUGAGACACACAUACCAGACGUUUUUUGGUGCGGAUGCUCUUGCUAAGGUGCUGGGUUGGGUAACGGAGAGGGACCCACGUGUAUUGAUGACCCCGAACCCCUUGGAUCUAAGCUAUGAUAUUCUACGGACAUCCACGGCCGAGACCGCCCUAUACGUGGACUUCAGCUUCUGGGACCCGCCGGUCGGGCUUCUGGAAGCCCUUGAAUCAGAAAGGUUUCAGGUCAGAGGAGACGAGGGAGCUGGCUUUUUGCCACAGAUAAUUGCAUUGCGGGAUAGUAAUCCCAAUACCGAUCGACCGAUUCGGCAUUUCGGUCAAGUCGUGGAUCCAGGAGAAAUCAACUGGGGCAUGGUGAGAGAGUGGCUAAAAACCUGUGCUAGCCUCCAUUAUGGCAGCCAGAUCUGCCAAAAUCCUACCACGAGAGGCACCACAAAAGGAACAGGCAAUCAUAUGAGCCCGCUAACAUUACGGGCUAUCGAUGUCGACCAAGCAUGCGUUGUCACACUGCCUAAUGACGCGCCGUAUAUUGCAUUGAGUUACGUUUGGGGCAAAGAUCAGCACAUCAAGCUGAAAAGGGACAACAUCACAAGUGUAGAAACCCCAAGUUACUUUCUGGCUGGCGAGAAUGCGCCGUCAAAGACGAUCGUAGAUGCCAUGCAGGCAAGUCGGUACCUGGGGUACCGUUACCUCUGGGUUGAUGCUCUCUGUAUUGUUCAAGAUGAUGCACAAAACAUACGGGCAAAUGUCGAAAGCAUGCAACAGAUAUAUAGCGGCGCUGCGCUGACUAUGGUUGCCGCGGCUGGCCAUGACGCUGACUUUGGUAUACCCGGAGUCUCCGGACAAUGUCUACGCACCAAACAGCAGAGACAUUUGACGCUCAAUGAGGUAACUAUCUCCAAUAGACUGGAGUCAACACUGAACAUUACCCACUGGAAUACCAGAGGUUGGACAUUCCAGGAAAGAAUUCUUUCGGCCAGGCUCCUCAACUUCACCACAGCGCAAGUGUCCUUCCAAUGUGACCGAGGAUGCAACUGUGAGGAGCAAUUCCACAGCAGUCUUGAUAACACCGGACUGUUCAUUCAAUAUGAUCACAACACACAACUAGACUUUGAGACGUACGACAUAUUUGAGGUUUAUGCACUCGCGGUUAAUGCAUAUACGGACCGAUAUCUCACCGACCCGAUGGACAAGGUCAGGGCUUUUGACGGAAUUCUUCAUGUUCUAAAAGAGCCAUUUGAGGGUUCUUUCUUCUACGGUCUGCCCGUGACUAUGUUCGAUGCAGCGCUCCUCUGGAUCCCCGUCAAGCGGUGCAUGAGAGGCAGCAAGAAGUUCCCUAGCUGGUCAUGGGCAGGUUGGACCGGUCAGGUUUGUUACGACUACGACAAGACGAACCACUUGACUAACCUGCUUGAGUGCACUGCUUGUCGAUGCACAAUCACCCUCGCACCGAGCGAUACAAAACUCUGCUUACCCGUGGUCCCGGCAACAGAUGAGUUUAUGCCAAACGGGUGGACACGUCACUUUGAUGAAGAUGAAAAUGAGAUCACUUACCUUAAAUCAAAGGCGAGUUCGUCCCUGUACAAGUAUCCUCGCCCAUUGCGUGACCCUCCCAAACCAGACCUAAGUAAAAACUCUUUCGAUCUGACUAUAAGUGGACAAGUUGCCACGUUCCGCUUGACGGGUCAGCAUUCAGGAAGGGAUUCCUUUUCCUCUUCGUGCGAUAGAGGUCUCCACUACAGAUGCGAACUGGCCGUACUUGAUGAUGAGCACCGUCCGGCAGGUAUGGUCGUGGUGGACAGUUAUCUUGUGCCACAGCUACAAGACCUGGAUCACAGGUUUCUGGCAAUAUCUCGCUCAACGAUUUCCCGGCAAAACGAGGAUAUCACUUGGGAUGCGGAUGCGCGACGGUUCCGAUCUUGGAUGGACGAGACGAUAGGCGAAAGGGAAGCAUCUAAUGAUGCGACCUACGAACCAUAUACAGAACACUUCCAAGAUUGGAUUGCGGAAAUGCCCGAGAACCCAGAUCCAAGUUUACCCCUGACUUCAGACCCUGUCAAACCUCUAGACAGGAGUUCUACAUUUAAAAGGGAUAAAGCUACGGAAUUUAACAGGCACGCCUUCGAUAAUCGUUACUAUAGCGAAAUGGUACCCUGGCCCGUCAUGAAUGUACUGCUAUUAUCUAAGAAGGACAACGGUGUAAUGGAAAGGGUUGGGGUAGGUCGAAUACAUGUAGACGCAUUUACGAAGAAGGCUGUGGAAGCAACUGUUCUCCUCGGAUGAGCAGCUGGUAAUCUGAUAUUUACAUUUAUCUUUUCCGCUUCACGUUGUCAAUAUGGAACUUAUGAUAAGGAUGUAGAUAGGCGGGUUGCCUGAGUCGCUAUGCGGCUGUCGUGCGGCACUUUUGUUAUGAGCUGAAGUACAAGUCGGAAUGAAAUGAAAGAAAAGGAAAAUAGUAAUGUAAGACAAAGCAUUUUUUUUCUUGAAUCGCCGACC